AGACAGAUUUGAAUUUGUACCUCCCCCUUUUCCCUUUGCGAGAACGUGAGAUAUUGACCUUUUUUUUUUUCCCUACACAGGUCAUAGCUGUGCUCUCUCCUUUCUGUGUGUCAAUAGCAAACCAAGAGAAUGGACCAAUCUAAGCCUACAAACAUUGAUUCUAGAAAGCGUGAAGGCGGAUUGGCAUAUGAGCUAAAUACUGACGGGCUUAGAAAUAUUAAGUUUGGAAAAGAGAUACGAGACAAAGAAUUUCUUUUAGACCCAGACGUCACGUUUUUAAAUCAUGGAAGCUAUGGGACAGUUCCGUCACGCAUCAUAGAUAUACAGAACAAACUUAACAUUGAAAGAGAACGUCACCCAGAUCAUUGGUACCGCGUGAACUGCAAGAAGUAUGUGGACCGGAGCAGACGUGCUGUGGCUGACUUCAUUGGCGCUGACAGUGAUAACAUUGUUUACGUCUCCAACCCAUCAGUAGCCAUCAACACUGUGAUUCGCUCUUACCCAUUCCAACCAGGAGAUGCUCUUCUUGAUACCAAUCUCUCCUAUGGCACCAUAGCCAAGCUGUGUAAAGACUUUACCAGUAGGAUAAGACCAGACGUGGAGAGAGUUAAUCUACAAAUAGAUUUUCCAGUUCUGAGUGAGGACUACAUCAUCCAGAAAUACGAGGACAUUCUCAGGAAACAUCCUAACAUUAAAGUAGCAAUCAUCGACCAUAUCACUAGUCCAUCUGCCAUUGUCAUGCCUGUCAAGAAACUCGUAGAUCUGUGUCAUAGUAACAACGUUCUGGCUUUCAUUGACGGUGCUCACGCUAUAGGGCAGAUUCCCCUGAACAUCAACGACCUGGGAGCGGAUGUUUACACGACGUCAGUUCAUAAAUGGGCGUUCGCGCCUCGGGGAUGUGCCAUUCUAUGGUAUGACCGCAAGCACGCGAGUUGGAUCAACCCACUGACCACAUCCUGGAACAUUGGAGACUCUUUGGACCAACAGUUCUUUGAACAGGGCACAGUUGAUCACAUUCCUUAUGUUUUAGCCAGACACUGUCUAGACUUUUAUCAAGCCAUCGGAGGAAUGUCGAAGAUCAUUCAAUAUACAACAUUAUUAGCAGAAGAAGCCAGGGAUUUGUUAAUUAAAGAACUAAGACUGGAACCACUGCCAUUAGCACCAACUCUGGAAUCUCCAAAUUUGAAAUUACUGAAGCUUCCAGCAGUCUCAGGGUAUCCCUGCACAGAGGCAGGUGUGGCUGCUUUAGAGAAAGCAUUAUUUGAAGGGACCAGUGUCUUUGCUGUUCUAGCUUUGAUUCAAAACCACAUUUACCUGCGCUACUCAGUUCAAGUCUACAAUGAUAUCGACGACUUCAAGACCUUUGUGACGUACUUCAAAGACUUCCUACACAAGAGUUCUGACUCACUAAACGUUUAGUUAAGUUGAGAGACUUAAAUUUGUUUGUGCUAUUGCAAUGAAUGGUGAAACUGAUCUAUAUGAUAUAGUUGACUAAAUUAAUUGUGGAAGAGUUUCAUUUAUUAAGAAAUAAAUACUGAGAAAUAAACAAAUGGAUAAUGAA